AUGCCUCCAUCAGGUCCACAGGCCACUAAGAAUGAGAACUCUAUCCUUGGUAAAGUAGCUGCCCAUGUCCCUGACCUCAUUGUGUAUGGUGAUUUUUCACAGGAAGUGCCCUUCAUUGAAACUUUUGAUGGAGUUCUUCUCUUCAUAGACAUUUCAGGUUUCACAGCACUAACAGAAAAAUACAGCACAAACACCAAUUUGGAGAAUGGAGCUGACCAGCUGACCCAAACCCUUAAUCGAUAUGUGGGUGACAUUGUGGAGGAGGUGAUGGUUUUUGGAGGUGACAUACUGAACUUUGCAGGGGAUGCUUUGUUGGCGCUCUGGAAAGUCAACCGUAGGCAUAUCAACGACAUCAUCACGCUGGUCCUGAAAUGUAGCUUGAGAAUCCAGCAUGAUUAUGGAGUCUGCGAUACAGAAGUGGGGCUGGAGCUGCGAGUGAAGAUAGGAGUAUCUGCAGGCCACAUCUCAAAAGUUGUUGUUGGAGAUAACAGGCACCAAUAUUUUCUGGUAAUUGGCCGGGCAGUGGAUGAAGUGCGAUUGGCCCAGAGCCUAGCAAAAGCUGGUGAAAUUAUUCUGUCGCCAAAUGGCUGGGAGCUCUGUCACCGGAAAAUCACUGAGGUUCAAAAGAUACCAGAUGAACGAGCUGUUAAGGUUAAAUACAUUAAGCACAUGCCUCUAGAGUUCGAUGAAGAGAAGUUCUUUGAGAGAUGCACACAUCAUCUGGCUGACAAUCACAUCUGUGACAAUCAGGAAAUCCUGAGAAAAGCCUCAAUACUGGCCCCAAAUGAAGAACUUGAGAAAAGACUGCGAAAAUUUGUAACGAGGAAUGUCUUGAAGAAGAUUGAUGAUGACCAGCCACUGGAGUACUUAUCGGAGCUUCGUCCAGUUACCAUUGUCUUUGUCAACUUUCAGUUUGAUGAAAGUGCCAAUACUCUCCACUUGUCCAAGGCUGUUCAGGAUGCCAACAUUUACAUCACAGAAAUGUUACACCCCUUCAGAGGCAAGAUCAACAAGAUCUUCACAUUUGACAAAGGCUGCACUUUCCUUUGCAUUUUUGGUCUCCCUGGAGACAAACAAGCGGAUGAGAGCACACAUGCUCUGGAUUGUGCCCUUAAGAUCCAUACCUUUUGUUCCACGUCACUCAUGAAAGUAAAGCUUGUGUCCAUUGGGGUUGCCAGUGGGCCAGUGUUCUGUGGAGUAGUUGGUCAUCGUGUGAGACAUGAAUAUACAGUCAUUGGCCGCAAAGUGAACCUGGCUGCCCGGAUAAUGAUGUACUAUCCAGGGUUAGUGACUUGUGAUUCAGUCACCUACUCCGAAUCCAAGCUGCCGCACUACUGCUUUCAAGAAGUCCCAUUUACUGACAUGAAGGGCAUUCUGAACCCAGGGACAAUCUAUCAAUACCUUGGUAUCACUGAGAAAACAAUGAUUUUCAAAGCAUAUCUGACCAAGGAGAGAUGUGAAGAUUAUCCUCUACUGGGUAGGAAGAGAGAAACUGAUAUCUUUGAGGAAUUGCUGGAAAAAUUUAAAUACUUCAAAGAAAGCCAUAUUUUAAUAUAUGAAGGACACUUUGGAUAUGGAAAAAGCCAAUUAAUGGCUGAAAUUGCCUAUUUAGGGCAAACAGCUGAUCAAAAGGUUGUAGCCGUGGAGCUAACAAAGAUCAAUGUGUCACAGAGCUUCUUCACCAUGCGGACACUUAUGGCAAUGUUCCUGGGGAUUGAUACCUGCAAAUCUUAUGACACCCGACAGUACACCCUCCAGAACAAAAUCCGUGGACUAAUAGAUGACUCCUAUUAUUGCCUCUUCAACCAGCCCUUUUACGUUAAGUUUCCUGCUUCAGAAGUUGUUUCUAACAUGGAUAGUUUAAGGAGGAAGGGAGAGCUGGAACUAAUUUUCGUAAAGAUUCUCCAGCAUGCAGCAGAGAAGGAAACUACCAUCUUUGUAAUUGAUGGAGCUCAGUUCAUCGAUUCUACCUCUUGGGAGUACCUAGAAAAAUUGCUGAGAAGCCUUCCCAUCUUUAUUGUCCUCUCUUUUUCUCCUUUUGAACACAAGAGACACUUGCUGUGCUCUGCUCCAGGGAGAAUCCUGGCCAGCACGGCAAACACUUACAUUCGACUAAAAGAGUUAUGUCCUACGGUGAUCGUUCAGAAGGCUUGCCAGGACCUCGGGGUGGUCAGUAUCGCAAGGGAACUUGAGACGUUUUUAAUACAAAGAAGCCAUGGGAACCCAUUUUAUAUUGAGGAGCUUCUCCACAACCUCCACAUAAACAGUGUCCUUCAGUACCAUGUAUUGGAAGAAGACGAAGAAAGCGAGGAUGAGUGGGACAGCCUUUUCACCACUGUUGUUCUGAAGCCUCAAGACUCCACUAACGUAGACUACUCAGAGAGUGACGAGUUCAUUUGUACUGUCAAGCAGAAUGUGAAGCUGCACAACAUAAUGCUCCCUCCAAUAUUAAAAGGGAUUGCUCUGGCUGAGUUAGACAACAUGACACCUUCGGAACAGAUGGUGGUGAAAUGUGCAGCUAUCAUUGGUGUGACUUUCAGCACGGAGUUGCUCCUCCACAUCCUCCCAGAUUGGACCAAGAUGAAGAUGAACCAGACGCUGGCAGCCCUGGUGGAAUCCCGUAUCUUUGAGUGUUUUGUUGAAGGAAAAGUGCAGCAGAGUGGCCAAACAAUGGGUGUAUUCUCCCAAGAACUUUACAACUGCCCUUUUAUUGAGACAGCAGCUAAGGGAGAGUCAGAUCUUGCGUCAGUCAUUGCCUAUCGGAUCAAGCAAGAGGAGGCAGUGAUGCAGUGCAAAUUAAUGGGUUUCUGCACUCCGCUGUUGAAGGAAGCAGCCUAUGAGCUCUGGCUCAAGAGCCAGAAAAGAGCUUUGCACCUCAAGUGUGCCAGCUAUCUGGAAAGCGAUGCUCACCAAUGCAAGUACUGUGGGGAAGGGGAUUUCAUUGCUUUCCAUCGCUAUGCUGUGGAUGGCAUGCUGUGGAAAAUAGAUUCGGAGGAGCUUAGAAAUGAGGCAGAGAGGGAUAUCGUGAGCGAGGCUGCCUCAGACCUUGUUUCUGCCAUGAUUCUAACCGCAGGAUCAGCAGAGGCCAUCCGGACAUCGUUGACUACGCAAGAGUCCUUUAGAGUGGAAGAUACAGAAAAGGCAUUUCUAGCCAGGCUGGAUGAAAUCAUCCGGCUUUUUGAUUCAACAACCCACUUCAGAAACAUGGACUCCUGUUACUGUGAGAAGAUUGUGGAGUCUGUCAUUGUGCCCUUAUCUCACCAUUGUAUGGCUGUUGAGAAUUAUGUCCGUGCCUUUUAUUACUUGCUGGAAUGUGCUGCCGCCUAUGUAUACCUCUCCAACAACUACAUGGCCUUUACCUACCUGAGUACAGCAGAGUGCUUGUUGAAAUCCUUGGACCCCAAGCAGAAAAUCAUUAACCAGUUUGAGAUGUCUGUUUUGUACUGUCUCAAGGGUGAGGUCUCUUACAAUAUGGGUCAGAUUAAUUUAGCAAAACGACUGGUGAAGAAAGCUUUGGAGUUGUUAAACAGAAGUUUCCCGCUGACCAUAGUUGGAGCCUUUUUCAUGUCCAUGGUGGAAACUUCUAAACACAUGUCGCAUCAGAAGAAGCAGAAUUCUUGGCAAAUGUCUGAUGGCAGAGAGAAGAGAUUAGCUCUUCUUUACCAGGAAGGCCGCUGCCUCUCCAUACUCUGGCAGGUCUUUAGCCUGGAUCCUGCUACAAACAGUAAGAAAUUCGCCCACUUGGCAGCUCUCAUGACAGUAAACUGCGCAGAGGAGUCUCAGGACGAGGCCCAGAUAAUCUCCUCGUACAUGGAGUUCUCACUCUGCUGUCAGCUGAUUGGCUGUCAACAGGAAUGGAUGAAAUACGAGGAAAUGGCCAUCAAACGUAGUUUGCACCUUGGAGUUGUUGGAAGAGAACUGUUUAUCUUAGCUAAGGUGGUGGCCUCCUUGGCCUACAUGAAGCUUUGUUUGGGGAACCUGCUUUUGGCAAGCAAGCUGAGCUAUCGAGCGCAUGAAAUUUGUGAACAGACCAAGAAAUCUAAACUCAACUGUAGUAUCCUCUUCAACCUUUUCACUGCUCUUUUUCUCAGCGCCAGAUACACUCAAUCUGUGCAAGUGCUGAGUUGGUUGGAAGAGUUCUCUUUUCGAGGUGACAAUAUUAUUGGGAAGGCCUGCUUUGUUUCUGGAUGCAUGGAUCUCAUACUUUAUGCUAGUUUUUCAUAUAAGCCGUUUGCAUACUGCCUGGACUUUGUUCUUGCCAAUGAAGGAAACUGCAUCCUUCUGUCUCAAAACGGCAUCAUGCUCAGCCUGUAUUCUUCUAUGGCCAUUUGGUUUGCACGACUUCAUUUAUGGGAUCACUUCAAAGAGCCGUUCGAACAAGUGAAAAGGCUGGUGAGGAGAACAAGCACCUCGCUCACUGCUAAUUAUGGAUUCUGCAAGUUUCUGGAGUCCGAAACUCUGUUGUUGCAAAAAUAUAUGGGAGAGAGGCCUGACCGAGUCCGUGAGCUACGCAACAAAAUGGGAAAGAACCUGGAGCAGGCGAUGACCCAGUGCUCCACAAGCCCAGUCUACUAUCCUAGGGUUUACCACCUGAAGGCCUAUGUCCUACUGUUGUUUGGGAACGAUGAAGAGAGCCAAGCUUUUCUUGAUAUGGCAACCAAAUACUGUUGUGAAAACUGUCUGGAGAGAUCUUGGCUGACAAUUAGCCAGGAGUGGUGGUUCACUGGAGAAACUGCCAUGGAAGAUGAGUGGUUAAAGACAGCUCCAGAUUUUCCUGUGUGGAAAGAAGGAAUGUCAGAUAAAGAUCUUGAGGUGUAUGAAAGAAACAGGUACCUACUGAAGUUGCCAGAGCAGGAAAGUAACAGUUCAUUCAUAAUAACGAAUGAUGACUAGUUCUGAAGCAUUCUUCAGAC